ACUGCACCCAUAACUACUAAUGUGUGAUUAUUAAGUCUUGGCGUAAAAACUAUCAAAACACGCUAGCGCUUUCCAAAUGGGUGUGACGUAAGUACCUGCUGACGAAAUACACAUUUCAUUUGGAGGAAAAGCUGGGUCGAAUUUUCUACGCGCGUAAGACCUUACUUAAAACUCAAUCGUAAACAAGCCAACGUGCGGAAAUCUACCUUGGUUUUACAAAAAAUUGUAACUGAGACCAUGCAGGAAUCAAGACAAUGACGAUCAUAAAUACAUGUUGCUGUUGUAAUCUACGAAUCGGCGCAUUUGCCUGUGGAAUCUAUACUGCUAUCUUAUCCUUGGUUACUAGUGGUCUGUCAGGAUACAAUUUGUACCAUAUACAGUUCUUUGACCUUACUCGAGUUGAAGAUGAAACUGAGAAGCAAAUGUGGGAAGGUAUUGAGGCUUGGUGUUAUGCCACAUUAGCAUUGUGUUCCCUAACAUUUUUGGCUUCCUUACUUCAUAUUGUUGGAGUGCAUAAGGAUCAGAGAUUUUUAUUCCUUCCAUGGAUGUGUAUGAUGGUCCUUGUUAUAGUGGUGGAUGCCAUCUCAGUUGUUUAUGGUAUCUUUACCUAUGAUAAUGUUGAAGUUACGUUCUCCAUUAUCCAUUCUAUCCUGUGGCUCAUAUUUACCCUGAUCAGUAUGUACUGUCUGUUGUGUGUAAUCUCCCAGUACCAGGAGUUGGCAGCAGGAAGAGGAACUGCAGCAGAUUACAGGCAUCCAGCUGUCAUCUAUGAGUCCUCUAUCAAUGAGGUGAUGAUUGCUCCAGGCCCAGUUAUUAUUUAUCCACAUCACGGGGCAUACAGUGCAGUUCCCACUCAGCCUGGAGAGGAACCACCCCACUACCAAGAUGAGGAUGAAGAAAAGGAAGGGACAUCAUCAGCAGAAGCCUUGUUGAAUGAUGACAACUUCCCUUCAUCACAAGAACAUCUGGUGGCACAAUCAAAAAAGAAGUCAAGGAGAUAAAUUACCUUAUCUACUGUGAGAUUUUGUAUGCUCUUUUAGCAAAAACAUGUUCUUUUCCAAAAAUGAAAAUAAGGUUAUGCUUACAGAAACUGAGUUGGAUUUAAGAGUAAACUUUUGAGUGAAAAAUGUUUUUUAUUGAUGGGUUUUUCCCUGAACUGUUUACUGAUCAUCUGGAAUUCCAUGAGCAGUAAUACAAGAAAUACAAUAUAAUACCAAAAAUCUUGAGGGUGUAGCUUUAACCAGUGUCAUAAAAGUGCAGAAUCCACAGUUACCUUUGUACAUGUAAUAGAAAUAGAAAUUUCAUGAGGAGGGUUGAUAUUUUAGAUAAAAUGAAAGAAAGUUGCGUAUUAGAGAGUAUAUUAUUUUGUGUAAGUGUAAGGUGUAUUUGCACAUUUGCUAUUAGCUUUAGGAUGCAUGGUUUGUUUUCUAUACAUAUUUCAUUUUGUUUUUUAUAUGAUAGCAUAAUUGUAUUAAGCAUAGCAGGAUGUUGGAAUUAUUUAUAAUGCCUUAUAUUUAUAAUAUAAAUUCAUGGGUAAUAAUUAGAAGGUUGAAUCUCUUGAGGUGAAGUUGUUUUGCACCUGCAAUUUGAUGAUUUUUUCUUUCUUCUUUUUUUUUUGGGGGGGGGGGGGGUGGAGUCACCAUUUUUAAAAGAACACCAGUUAACUUUUUUUCUUUUUUAAGAAUAAAAUGUCACUUCACAGAAUGGUUAUUUGUACCCAGUGCUAGUCAAUUCAAAAACUUUCAGAUGCAUUUCACAAUUAUACUAGUGUGCAUUUCUGGCUCUAUACAUACGACACACAGAUGUACAUUUUAUAGUUAGUAUAUGGUAUAAGGUCAUAAUCCCUAGAUAUUCGUAUGGGCAUGAAAUUUCAUUUUAUUAUUUAUUGUGAUUAUAAAUAUUUAAGUACUUAGAAAAUCAGUUAAGAUCAUACCAAAAUUAUGUUGUUUUAAGACUCCAAGAUUAUAAUGUACGUUUUCUCAAGCCAAGUACAUUAUAUACACUCUGAAUUGUCACUACUAUUUUGGUAAAAAAAAUUUACUUUUUUACAUUCAAAUCAAAACGCUUUAAUUCAUUUUUUUAAAUAUCUAAAGAGCAUUACAAAGAUAUGUGAGUGUAAGAUUUGAAGAUAAAGGUCCCUGGUCUACUUUUUUUCUAUUUGAGCUAAUUUGAGAAUGUUUCAUAUACAUGUCACAUCAUCAUUAUACCAAACUGUAACACAAAUAUAAUGGUAUUGCUAUAUCUACAACAAACUUUUACCUGUUCCAUUGACAAACUGCUUUACAGUUUAUUAAUUGAUAUGAUUGCUUCAGGUUAUUAUUAUUAUUAUUAUUAUUAUUAUUAUUAUUAUUAUUAUUAUACAGGAUAUUUAUACAGGGCAUUGAAUGUAUUAAAUUGAUAAAGAAUUUAUAACAGUGACAUACAUAUAUAUAUAUAUAUAUAAGAAAAGUUCCCAUUUACCAUGCCGGCACCUAGAGGUGGGGGUCCCCCUCUGAUGCAUCCUCAUAUGCAAUAAUAUAUUAACAUAAGAUAUAGGUUAGAACACCCUCUUCUAAAAACACAUACAUAUUUUUUAACAUUUGAAAAUUCCUGCCAUUUUUAGGACAUUGUUUCUCUAAAAUAACAGAUUGAAAAUAGAGUCGAUAAUUUAUAAUUUGGUAUAAAUGUUAUAAAAUGGUGCCACAGUUCCGAUUAUCUUGCUAUGGUGAAAUCCUACUCCAAAUAUUGGACAUAGUAUUAUUAUAAAAUGAACAUAGCUUUGGACAUAAUAAUUAAAAAUGUUAUAUUUUUCUUGUUAUGUUGAGUUCCACACAGUUUGCAUAUUCUUAAUAUUAAAAAAGUAUAUAAAAUUUUUAUUCUUUUUUCCUCUGUCAAAAUCAUUGAUAAUUUUUAACAUGUUGAAGCUGAAAAACGUCAUCAUCCUAUCUGAAAUGUUUAUUUCAGCCAGAUAUGCAAAAGGAAAAUAGGAAGUUACCUCAGGCUCAAGUUAUGUAACAGAAAUGUGACCAAAUAUUAUCAGUUCUUAAUUCUCAUAAUUAAUCUGUCAUUAUAAGGUUGAUAUUUUGUGUGGAAUGUCUAAUAUUAUUUCAUUAAUUAGCACAAUUUGAGCAUUCUUGUUUUGUUUCAUGUGUUUAAGCUGAUCUUAUUACUGGUAUUUUAUCACUGAAACUGCUGACAAAUUAAAGUCUAUGCACAUUCA